AACAAUAACAAUAACAAUAACAAUAACAAUAACAAUAACAAUAACAAUAACAAUAACAAUAACAAUAACAAUAACAAUAACAAUAACAAUAACAAUAACAAUAACAAUAACAAUAACAAUAACAAUAACAAUAACAAUAACAAUAACAAUAACAAUAACAAUAACAAUAACAAUAACAAUAACAAUAACAAUAACAAUAACAAUAACAAUAACAAUAACAAUAACAAUAACAAUAACAAUAACAAUAACAAUAAC